AUGCCUCUCGCAAAGGAUUUCCUUCCUCCCUCUCCAGAAGAGGAAAAGAGGAAACACAAGAAAAAGUGCCUGGUACAGAGCCUCAAUUCCUACUUUAUGGAUGUGAAGUGCCCAGGAUGCUAUAAAAUCGCUACGGUCUUUAACCAUGCGCAAACGGUGGUCUUGUGUGUUGCCUGUUCCACUGUCCUCUGUCAGUCUACAGGCAGAAAAGCAAGGCUGACAGAAGGAUACUCCUUCAGGAGGAAGCAGCAUUGA